AAAUAUUUGAUGAACUUUUUUCUUCUCUCUCGCUGCCUCUGACGGGACGCAGGAAGGAGUCGUGGGAUCUGGAUGGCUCUGGAAUUAAGGAACCCUGUUUACUGGCGGUAUUGUUUGGGAAAACAUUGAACAUUUUUCCUGAAGGAUGAUUUAAUGCUGACCGCAAAGCAUCCGGUUGGAUAAACUUACAAAUAAAGCGACACGAAGCCCAAACUUUUUUCUUUAUUUAGGUGGAAAGUUGAAUCAAAACCCUGAAGAAGGAAAAUAUAUAUAUAUAUUAACAAAUAUAUAUAUGUAUGUUUAUUUUUAAUAUUUUUGUUUAUUUAUUUUUUGCGCAAUGAUGCGCUGAUUAGAAAGGGCUGAAAGUUCUUGAAAGACUUCUUGGAAAGAUUUUUUCUUCCUUUUUUUGUGGCGCACUUUAAGAUAGAGAAGGGAUCGUUGGGUUUUGAUCCGAUGGGGGCCGCGCCGGGCUCGGGCUGGGAGGAGGGCGAGUUCGAGUUCAAGUUGGUGUUUGAGGAGGACCAGCCUCAGCGGCAGAUCCAGGGGCCCACCCCGGCGCGCACUGCCGAGCCAGAGAGCUCCGUCUCCGGGGAAGAGGAAAAUAAUGGCGCCCUGUUGCGGCUGGACUCCAACAAUCUGGGUACAGACAACCACUUAGCCAUCAGUCAUGCAGGACAAUCAAUCAGCAUCCCCAGCCCGCCGCCUUCAUCCAAUCAGCGAGCAGGGAUGCAUUCGCCUCCUCCCAGACGUGCUGCAGUCAGAGAGUUCAGCGGCACCUAUGAAAGCCUGCCGGCUCGCUCUGUGCAGGUUUCAGAGUCGUGUGUGGUUGAAUGCCCCAGUAUCCAGAUAACCACCAUUUCACCAGAAGAUGACCCAGCACCAACUAUUGCCAGCUACUGGGACACCAGCAGCAGUGGUGGGUGGGACAGAGAGCGCCUCUACCUCCCCCUGCUGGACCCCUUUUCUUACCGCGACAGGUUCCCUGGCUCCCUCAGCCCCAGCCCCGCCUCCAGCCCUUCAUCCAGAGGCUGGCUUAGCCCCGCUUCCAGCUGCGACUCCCUGCUGGUGGAGGAAGAGGAGCUCAAUGAGGCCACCAUUAGUUUUGGACUUUCUCCCUCCUCCAGGCCUACUUCUCCUGGGGGUAAAAAGCGCAGGAACUCUCCUUUAGCUUCCCCCUGCAUCUCACGGCGAAGCAGUUACUCAGAGGACCUGCAGGGGUGUAACCUCGAAGGUGGAGAGUCUACCUCCCAGUCUCAAGCUCUGCCCAGCCUCUGUGAGCUAAACAUCCCGCAGAAAACCAGGAAGACAUCACUGGAGCAGUUGUCUCCCAGAGAGGGGGAUCAGGAACAGGGACCGGGCCGAAGCUCCCCCUGCCCGAUGCCGGAGACCCAGCAGACCCGGAGGGAGCCCCCAUCCGUCGGAAUGGACUACCUCCCUGUGCCUCCUGCUCUGGCCUGGGGCAGAACCAGAGCUAGUGCCCACAGUCCUCUAUUCAGGUCUAAUGCUCUGCCUCCACUGGACUGGCCGCUACCGUCCCAGUUUGACCAGUUCGAGCUGCGCAUUGAGGUGCAGCCCCGCCCACACCAUCGAGCUCACUAUGAGACGGAGGGCAGCAGAGGUGCCGUCAAAGCAGCACCGACAGGACAUCCCGUUGUCAAGCUGUGUGGAUAUACAGAGAGGAAGCCACUGUCACUGCAGGUCUUCGUCGGAACAGCUGACGACCGCUCAAUCAGGCCACACCCUUUCUAUCAGAUACACAGGGUCACUGGGAAGAUGGUCGGUACUGCCAGCCAUGAAAGCGUCCAGGCAGGGACCAAACUCCUGGACAUCCCUCUCAAUCCAGAAAACAACAUGACUGCAAUCAUUGACUGUGCUGGGAUUCUGAAGCUGAGGAACUCUGACAUCGAGUUGAGGAAAGGUGAAACGGACGUCGGGAGGAAAAAUACUCGCGUCCGUCUGGUGUUUCGUACUCACCUCCCUGUAGUGCCCCCUGUGGCUCCACCUGGACGAGUCUUGGCCCUGCAGGUCGCCUCUUUACCCAUUGAAUGCUCUCAGCGGUCAGCCCAGGAAUUGCCUGUCAUCGAGUCAGUCAGCCUUACUUCCUGCUCUGUGGAGGGAGGCGAGGAGAUGCUGCUGAGUGGCACCAACUUCCUGCCCAUCUCCAGAGUCCUCUUCAUGGAGAGAGGGUCCGAUGGUAAACUACAGUGGGAGGAGGAAGCACAUGUCAACCGCGACAACAGCAAUGAGUGUCUGCUGUGUGUGAGGGUUCCUGCCUACAGCGACCUCUCUGUCAGCCGGCCUGUCUCUGUCAGUCUGUACGUCUCCAACGGGAAGAGGAAGCGAAGCUGCACUCACUGCUUCAAGUAUCUGCCUGUGAUGUUUAAAGAGGAAGAUCCGUUACUUUCCCGACCCUCUGUGACAUCCCUGGACGGGGUCUGUCCAGUUGGAGGGCCUCCCAGAAUGGACAGAGGUUUCCACGUUUCUGAUGACCGGGGUCUCGGCUUCCAACUGCCCCCGUACCCGUCAGCCUACUCCCCUCCAUGCCAAGUCGUGAGUUACCAUGAGGAGUUCUGCUCCAAACCAGACAGCGCUGUGGAGGAGCCAGGCGGGUCUAGAGGCACCCUGUCCGAACGUCACCCCAGUUUUGAGAACCUGGAGUUAGGCUUCACUGAACUGCUCCCUCCUCUUUAUUCCCGCGGUCCACAGCCUGCUUCCCCGUCUCCUUCCCCGUGGCUGGACUCUCCCUACCUCUCCUCUUCCCCCUCUCCAUCUCACUCCUCCUCUCUCAGUCCUUUCCCCACUGAAAGUCCCCUUGCAAACUCCCCUCUGCCGCCGAUCCCCACCUCGCCUUUCCCACAGUACUCUGCCUAUCCUCAGGAGAUGUGCCCCUCUCCACCCUCCAACCCUUACCAGGACACCUGUCCAGCACCUUACUCCCACUAUGAGGGCUGGGAACCUCAGGGAAGGAUGUUUGGUAUCCGACACGAGGGCGAAUGGGACGCCAAGAACCAGGAGUGUCCUUUGGAGUUUACCAGCUCUGCCUCUAUGCACCACAUUACCUUUGAAGAAGUGUCAGAGUUCAUCGGAGAGGACAUCCAGGCCUACCAGUCCAUGAACAACCAGUCCAACUGAUCUCAGCACAGCUCAUGAUGGACCCUGGGAGACAUUGAAACAUGCUUUUUAAAUUCCCUUUGCAGUCGGUGUUCAGAUGGGUUACUGCAGUAGCACAUAACUGACAGGAGGAUCUGUUAGGAGAUGUAUGCAGUCCUUUUUUAACCACUGUUUAUUGAAGGGAACUCAUGUUUUAAGAUAUCUGCCAAAAUAAAUUAUAUAAGAAAUUA